UAUCAUCCUAUAAUCAGAAACUGGAAAAGUAAGUGUCUGAGUCAGAGGCUUUAUAUUCCAGGGUAAUGCAAAGAACACUUUCAGACUCACCCAGUCAGCUGUUAACUUCCUCUAUGAAGACAAUAAGGCUGUGUUCAGUUUCACAAUGGUCUCCCUUGCUGCAGCAAAUGCAGAAUUUUGCUUUGAUCUUUUCAAAGAGAUGAACACCAGUCAAGGAAAUAGCAAUGGCAACGUCUUCUUUUCUCCCCUGAGUAUCUUCAUUGCUCUGUCCCUGGUGCGAAUGGGUUCCAGAGGUGACUGCGCAAAGCAAAUUGAUAAGGUGCUUCAUUUUCAGAAUGAACAAGGAUCUUCAAAUUCUCAGGGACUCCAAUCCCAGAUGAGAACACUUCUCUCAGAAAUAAACACAUCUGGAAAUGAAUAUCAACUCACCAUAGCCAAUGGUCUGUUUGCAGAAAAGAUAUUUGAUUUUCAUGAGCAAUUUUUAAAGUGCGCUGGAAGCUUAUACAAUGCCAAAGUAGAACGUGUAGACUUUACCACUGAUAUAGAAGAAACUAGGAAUAAGAUUAACCAAUGGACGGCAGAUAAAACAAAUGGUAAAAUCAAGAAUAUCUGUCCACCAGAUAGCAUUAGUUCAUCAGUAGUAAUGGUGAUGGUAAAUGCUGUGUACUUCAAAGGGAAGUGGGAUGGAGCAUUUUCUAAAAGUCAAACUUUAACUUGCCGCUUCAAGUCCCCCAAGUGCCCUGGGAAAACAGUCAGUCUCAUGCAUCAAGAGCGCAAGUUUAACAUGUCUUUGAUUAGCGACCCAGAUAUGCAAGUCCUUGAGCUCAGAUAUAUUGGUGGGAUAAGCAUGUACAUACUACUACCUGAAAAUAAUCUAUCAGAGGUUGAAAAUAAAUUGACCUAUCAGAAUUUAAUGAACUGGACCAGCCCCCAAAGAAUGAAGUUGCAGUCUGUGGAAGUGUAUGUUCCUCGUAUCAGGAUUGAAGAAAGUUAUCAAGUCAAGAGAUAUUUACAAGCUUUGGGAAUGGCAUAUGCCUUUGAUGAAUCAAAAGCAGAUCUUUCAGGAAUUGCCUCAGGAGGACGUUUAUAUUUAUCAAAAAUCAUGCACAAAUCCUUUGUAGAAAUUAAUGAAGAUGGCACUGAGGCAGCAUCUGCCACUGGAAGUGUCAUUGUAGAAAAGCAGCUCCCAAAUUCUACUUUAUUUAGGGCUGAUCACCCAUUCUUAUUUUUCAUCAAAAAGAAUGACAUCAUUUUGUUUGCUGGCAAAGUCGUAUGUCCUUGAAAGCUAGGGGAUGAAGAGAGAGAGUGAGUGAGAGAGAGAGAGAGAGAGAGAGAGAGAGAGAGAGAGAGAGAGAGCAUGUGUGCAUGUGUGUGUAAGUGUGUGGUGACUUCCUUUUUAAAUUGUCCCUGCUUUAUUAGGGAACAACCAUAAGCGGACAAAAUUAUAGUCAAAUUGGAGGCCCUGGUGUUUCCUUUGUUUCUUUUCCAACACUAGCUUCCUUAGUUAACAAAAAAAAGAAUGGCAAGCAUACCAACUGAUUCACUAUUGCCCAACCCACUUUCUGACCCAUUCAUUUCAUUGGUAGCCUCACUCAUGGUUACCAUUUUCCUUACCUCCAUGCAUGCCAUGCACAGCAUCUCUCUAGUCUCUCAAAAUGGAUUGUACUUUAGUAUAAUGGGAAUGUCGAAAGUGAAUUUCUAGGCUGUAAGGGGGAAGCUACAUCCAAUUAAAUUCUUUUCCUAAACUUUAUAGAUGCUACAGCUAUUCUAAUUGGAUUGUAAAUAUUCUAUGAAGCCAAUACAUGUGACUUUAAAUAAGUUUACUGGGCAACUCUUAUUUUGCUAACCUGAGUUUAUGCCUGGAUUCUCUUUAACAUAGCUACUCUGAAAUAAGUUCAUAGUUCUAAAAUGCAAAAUGAAAUUUGUUAAAUUCUAAAUCUUUAAAAAAUGGGACAAAAAUCCCCACAUAUAAAUAUAUUUAAGGUGAUGGCUAUCUGCCUCUUCUUACUAGAUGAAACAAGUGGAGGCCUUAACUUGUAUAUAUUCUUUUUUUCCUAGUACUCAUAUUUGUUAAUUAAAUCUUAUCACUUCUCUAUUUCCAUUCAAUAUAUUGAUAGUUGAUCUUUUCAAAAUGUUUUGUCUGAAAUAUUCUCUAGUUCAUAAGAUUUUGCUUCUACCAGAAUAAAGAAUCAUUUUCUUCUCUUGACUGGGUAAAAGGGCAAUGGUAUUUCAUGGAACAUACUUGCUUUCCAACUAAAAUUUGGAAAGUCAACGUGUUUCUCUGCUCCUCAACUAGUUGAUUUUUAAGGUUUCUCUUUAAAAUCCUAUAAUCUCCUGAAUCAUAUUACUCUAUCAUCAAAAAUCUUCAGUGGUUCCAACAUUGCUUAAAGGAAAAAAUAAACAUUUUGGCAGCUCAAAAGUCCUGUCCAUGUUUAACUAUAUCCUCUUUCAUGUAUUUUGGUUCUAGCCAAACUGAUUCGAUCCCUCUUCUUGUCCUUUCUUUUGCGCCUCCAUGAAAUCAUAAAAACUGUCCUUCAUGUCAGAAACACACUUUGUACACAUCCUUAUUUGUUAAAAUCCUCUUCCUUCAUGCUCCAGAUCAAUUACACUUACUUCAUGAAUCUUCAUUGAUUUCUCUUCACUGAAAAUGAUCUCUACCUUCUCAAAUUUUGUUAUGUAACAUGGGUUCACACUGGCCAUCUUCUUUGAAGGUCAACUGUGUCACAUUUUCCCCUUCUCCAGUACCCUGAGGGGGAUUGGAAUGGGUGGGAUAGUAGGGGGGUGACUCUUUUUUUCUUCCACUGGCUCAAAUCCUUACUGAUUAUGUUCCCCACUUUUUAAGAGCCCACUGAUUAGCAUCCCAUCUCCACUUCACCACUAAACAUGUGAACUUUUAUUUUAAAAAAAGGAAUAUUUAUUUCAAAUAUAUAGUAAGAACAAAUAGGAAAACAAUUUUUCCAACACCUUGGGGACAUAAUCCUCUCUACAUUAUCUCUCUCUCUCUCAGGUCAGGGUAUGAAAUGGCAUUAGAUUCAUACGUUAACACAGUUCCUACAUAGCAUUAGUCCCAGAUUCAAGCCCAAGGCCCCAGUGGAAUAAAACCUCAGAUCCUUGCUUCUCUGCUGGACUGGCUACAACUUCCAAUCUGGAUUCUGGACUUUCAGAUGUGCUUGUCUCAUGCUCUUGAGCCAAGUAAGACUCUACAACCUGUACUUAGAACUGAAAAGGAAAAUAAAAUAAGCUCAAGAAUCCCAAGCCUAUUUCUUGAGGUCACAUGGCAUGAGGAGCAGGAAGGAAGUAGCCCUUAAUUCUUCUCCCCUUACCAUAUGGUAUUAUCUGCUAUCAAUAAAAAAGUCCUUUAUUCUUAGGAAGAAUGCAGAAGAAUGCCUGCCAGUUUUAAAAGAUCAGUUCUAGCUACAUGGCCAAUGGAAAAAGGUUAUAUUGUCACACAGCAGACCACGACUGAAUGUCUAUGUAUGUCUGUUUUCCUAUCUCCCAAACAUCUCCCAUGUAGUCAAUAACAUUUUAGAUGGUUUGGGUAUGCACCAAACACUGUCAGAAUUAUAAUAUAAUUUGGAUCAAUUCUGUCCUUUUCACUUUCUACUUUGUAACACACUUAUUUGUAUCUAUGCCUUAUACCACUUGUUAGAUUGUAAAUUCUAUUGGAGCAGGUAUUGUGCUUUUUUACUUUGUAUCUCCA